AUGGCGCAGGACCUCAUGUGCUUCGACCCGAAAAGCCCAGUUCACGGCGGCAAGGCAGAGCGCCAGGCUGAGGACUUGCUCAGCAGCUUCGACCCCCUGACUGGAGCCUCGGCACCUGCCAGCCACGCAGCUGCCACGCCUGCUGUCCGCCUCCCUGACACUGUGGCUGCUGCUUUUGCCGCCCCGGCACAGAACACGGUUUCCGCACCAACGCCAGAACAGCAGCGUGAGCAGAUGAUGCGUGCCGUGCAGGAGGAUGCCAAGAAGAUGCACGAGCAAUGCGGCAAGGGUGAUGAAGAGGAUCCCUUCAAGGGUGAGGACAGCAAAGUUCAAGACCAGAAGUGCAGCGCAGCAGACUUGCUUACGAAUCUGUUGAUGCGGCGGGUCUUUCGUUGCGGCACAAGUGACGGUGGGGCGCAGAGCCUUCCGCUGCUUGACAAAACGGUGGCUGCUCAUUUGAAGGAGGUCUUCGCAUCCGAGUCGCCCAAUGGCGACAUCGUUUUGGUCGGCUCGGACCACGGGAGACUGGAUUUGUUGUUCUUGUGCGAGCAGCGCAGCCCUUUUUUGCACUUCUUCAAAUCGCGGUCUGCUAUCGUGGCCCUCUCCUACAAGGAGUCUCUGAUCGGUUUGAGGGAUGCCAAGACCAGUGAAGACUGGGAGGCAUUCCUGGACAGCCACGCAAACUUCACAAGGGAGAUUUUCGAGACGCACGAAGUCCCGGAACGGAUCCUCACAUGGUUUGAUGUCUACACCUCCCUGCUCCAUGUGGCACACCCAGCGCUGGAGACGGGCGCUUCGGCGGUGGAGGCCCUUGAGAGGCUUCGGACCUGGCCCCGUGCGCAGCAGGCUACAGCGCAGCCGGCGCAGCCGUGCACCUCUGAAAAGAUCUUUGCGCGUUCGGUUGCCGAUGAGUGCGGGCCUCCGGACCACGUGACGUCGACACUAGAUUGGACAGGCGUGAUCGGCGAGCUUUUUGAGGCCCGCAACGCUGUCUUUUGGGAAGGCCCAGCUGCUGCGCGAGACCAGCUGGUCAACUUGCUGACGCUUGUCGGUCAGAGUUAUGAGCUGGCCAGCCAAUGCCCAGCAGCCGUGGCCGCCACAAGCUACAGCCUAGCGGAGGUCAUAGCAAGCGAAGGUCUUGAUGAACCUCGGCAGCUGAAGCAGCUGGCACUGCUGCAAUUUGCUUUAGCCAUACUUCCGACGGGGGCCCACCAGGAAUGCACCCAGUGGCCUCUGCGCGGCCGCGACCUUGUUGCAGCCUUUCAGCAACUAAGCACAACGGUCUUCUCCAGAUUUUCGGCUAAGCCAGCUUCUGUCCGUCAAGAGCCUUCAGUGGCCGUAGUUACAGCAUGUGCUGGGAUUCACCUUGCUGGUGUCCGCGCCGGCAGUAGGAUGAAUCGAGAACUCUAUGCUGCCAAGCACGGAUACGACCUGUAUUUCUUCCAGGACGCCAAGGACGUCCUGGGUGCUUCUCCAGCUGGCACAAACCUCACAUGUGCAAAUGCUCCUGCGUACUGGCGAGCAUACGCGCUUCAAUCUGUUAUGGCGUUGCAUAUCUCCUACUCGUGGUUGCUUUGGAUGGACUGUGAUGUAGUUGUGACGAACCUUGACACACCGGUCAGCACACUUUUGGCCAAGCAUGGGAUCGUGCAACAUGCGGCAGGCAGGAGCGUGUCCAUGCUGAUCUCAGCCAGCAGCUUUGGCGUGGAUCCAGAGCUGUUCCUGUUACGGAAUGAUGCCUGGGGCCAAGAACUCCUCAGGAAUUGGACGCGAUUGCCGUCGCCAAGUUUUUUGCACCCUGGCCAGCGCAGGCCACUGGAUGCAAGGCACCCAGAGCGACUUGCCCUACAGCAUGCUGUCCUUCCUCACUGGGGGGCGUGGGUGCAUGGCCGCAUAGCUAGAGACUGGGCACUUUUUCAGUGGCAGCCUGAAGUUCGCCUGCUGUGGCAGCCGGGAGAUUUUGCAUGGGUGGACUUCCUGUGCCGCGGUCGCGCAGGUCUGUUCAACGAAGCUUCGUGUCUCAACACGCGCUCCCGCAUCCUCAACGGCCAAAAGAAGUUGUGUAUGCACAUGGAGCGCUUUGUGUGCCGCGGCUUCGCGGAGAAAGCAGUCAGAGCCACAUUGGCAGUCAUCAACAAGGCAGUGGAGCUUGCUGGUGGUCAAUGUGCUCAUUUCGCAGAUGAACAGGCUGUCCUGGAGAUUGCAUCCUUUGGCUUCAACCCCACCUUCCACACGGAUCUCAGAAUUGCGGUGAAGCCAUUGCUGGCGGGAAGUCUUGCAGACAUGGCUGUCGUGGUUUUCGAUGUGCGCUGGUUGACGAACCAGGCGCUGCAUCUGCUGUGGCGACCGGUGGAUGACGCACCCUCCGAGCCCAGCAGCUCUUCGUCCGACAGCAAGGCUCGGAGGCCAGCCAGCCCAGCUAAGAGCAUUGCAGAAAGCGCUCCGCGUAGCGUGGCGGAAAGCCCGCCCAGGAGUAUUCCUGGCAGCUCUCCGCGGAGUAUCGCUGAAAGCCACGCAGAGAGCAUUGAUGACGAGCCCAUUGUUGCCCUCUCUGAGUCAGAGCCAGAGGAGGUGCAGCUCGAGAGUGAGAAGGUCCGUGGGGAGCUGGCAGAGGCCCGCGCCCGGAUCUUCCAUGGCUCUGAGUAG